AAAAAUCAUAGUAUUAAAGCCCAGUUUUUUGUUAAAGCUCAAGAACGAAAGCGCGUUCUAAAUCUUUAUUAUUGCUUAUUUAAUUUUAAUAUUUACCAACCGAAUCGUAUAAUUAACUGAAUAAGUAAACCUAAUAGUGAUUCUUCCAAUGUCUAAUAUUCGAUAAAAUAGCUCUGAACAAAAAAGCGCAAUAAAUAAAAAAGAAAUUUAAAUUGAUCGCUACUUUUCUAGACAGCUUAUUAAAAAUAUCUGUAUUUAAUGAUUUUCUAAUAAUAAACAGAACGAGUUCAGCAGCAACUCUAGACACACUGUAUAUUUAUUGUAGAUACGUGUCUGUCUCUCCGUUGGCUGUAGUCGAAACAAAAAUAGAACUACCAGUGGUUAUUAGGUGUCCGAAACUAAUUUUCUAAUGGUACUUAAGUAGUUAUUUGCGUGCGUAGGUAAUAUACUUAUAUACAUAUAUGCAUUCAUAUAUGUAAAUAUAUACUCCAAUAUGAGUGUGUAGUAUGUAGAGCUAGAUGAUACAAACUUUUCGUCGUCACAACAGCUCGACGUCGUUAGGUCCUUUAUUUAUUCCAGGCCAUCCCUACGCAGUCCUAUUGCUUUUUACGGGACUCCUAGGUGGGGAAGGGGGGAAAAGAGGAACCCGCGGCGUCGACUCUGACGUCACGGGAUACGCUUGCUCGCGCCAGCUCGUCCUGAUCGAUUAUUGCUACAUAGUUCCCGUUUAAUUUACUCGGACAUGCACAACCAUACACAAUAUAACGGGAACUCGAUAAAAAAUAAGUUACAAGUGGUUUAUAUACUAAUCCAAAGUUUCCGAAAGUUUUCACGAAUGACAGGGGUGUAAAAGUCAAGGGUCGCACACACCCCUUUAUGUAAUAACGGCAACCAGUGUCCCCGUAUAGAGCUCGCGGGGACCUUGACACGAUGCCACCGGUGUUGUUGGUUUUUAUUCAGUGUUGUGUUUAAAGCGUUAAAAUAAUAACGAAUAUGAUCAUGUGGUGGGCUGGGAGCAAGGAAGUGCAGUUUUAGUGACGCCACGGAGAGAGGAAAAACAAGGAAGAGGUCACAUCACGAUGGGCAACUCGUGUAGCAGCGGUCAGUCGCACAAGGAUAAGGAUAACAUGUCGCAGAGGUCGGAGGAAUCCGGCAGUUAUCAAGUGAGAGCAAGUUUGUCAACAGAAAAGCAACAGGUUCUGCUAAAUCAUGUUUCACAACAGCAGCAUUCGGGAGUGCUUUUGGAGCCGAGUUCGGCGGGAAAAGCUCCCCUUGAAGAGCCUCCUAAAACAUUACCAACCGCUACUGUAACUAGUGAGAAGAAAACUGUACUCUCCAAGGCGUUGCAUGAGUCGAUGUCGUUAAGUUCUCCUGUUGGUUCUCACAGUCUUGGAGAUUUCGAUUCUGCGCAACUUCCAGAGGAAGUGGCCAAACUGUCGGAACAAAUGCAAAAUUUGCUUCUUGGUAGAGUUCUCCAACAAAAGACAUCAAUUAAGACACAAAAAAUUGUCAUUUACAUUUGCGCGGCCGAUUCACAAGACUGUUGUGUGGAAAAAGGAGCUUUCCAUAAUAUCCUCUAUCCUGAUCUCAGGUCAUACUGCCGUUCCAGGGAUUAUGAGCUACAUAUAGUAGACCUACACUGGAAAACGUUGCUUGAAAAACAACAGGAUCAUGAGUUUCCAGAAUUGUGUAUAGGCGAACUAACAAGACAUUUGGAAGUAGCGUACGUAAUACCUGUGAUUUUCCUUAAUAAUUCGUUAGGCACCCCUUUACUUCCAAACACAAUAGAAUGCGUAGAUUUCAAAGUAGCAGUAGAUAGUGCAGAAAGUGAAACUGCACAAUCCCUGCUAAAUAAAUGGUAUCGCUUAGAUAGCGAAGCUCAGCCCCCUUGCUACCGUUUACAGCCAGUAUCUUGCCACAUCACCGGAUUUCGAGAAACCUCAAGCCAAGAAAAAGAAGCAGCCUUAGAAGAAUGGAAAACUGAAAUUGAGAAGCUCCUUGAAGUCCUUGUAAACGUUUUUCCUCUGGAGUUAAGAGAUAGUUAUCUAACAACUGUCGUUGAGCAGGAGGUCCAUAACACUGUAUUCAUGAGUCAGGAGUUAGCUAAAAGGUGUAUAUGGGUGAACAGAGUUUUCACGCCGUCAGAAAAGACGCCUGAAAAUCCAACUUGUGGAGAAAAAGAACUCGAACGUCGUCUCAAUAACUUACAAAAAGAUCUCAGAGAGCAGCUCGCGGAAAAGCAUAUUAUUAGGACUCUCGUCAAAAAUAUGGAUAAAGGAUUGAAUUUAGAAGUAGCCGAACAUAAACAGUACAUCGAUCAAAUAAUAACGAGUUUAAAAAAGUAUCUGAUCGAAACCAUAAAUAAUAUUAUCGAAGAGCACAAAAGUAAAACAGUUGUUAGACCAAGCUAUGGCAUAGAUUCUGAACUAUUCGAGGAGCUGAAUCAGCAAACUAUUUUUUGUCAAAAGGCAGCUCAGUGUAGUAUAAAUCGAGAAAAGACCAUCAAUGAAAUUAAAAGCUAUAUAACGAGUGAUAACGCAUCCCCGUUAGUUGUUCUUGGAACUAGUGGCUGCGGUAAAAGCACCCUUAUCGCAAGGGUGGCUCAAUGUUGUCAGCAGUGGUUGCCUGAAGCAUUUCUUAUCAUUAGAUUCGUUGGAAUUAGUGCACAAAGUAGUACAAUCGAACAAAUUUUGUAUUCCAUCACUAAUCAGUGUUCUUUUCUUAUACACGGGCAUAAAUGUUACUGUAGGCAUAAUAUCGAAACUUAUUCCAAAGUUCUUCCAGACCUUUUAACGUCCGGCCACUAUCAAAGGCCAAUCAUUAUUAUUUUGGAUGGUAUCGAUCAAGUUAAACCUUUUGGAUUAAAAACGAUCGAAUGGUUACCUAAGGAACUUCCGGGAAAUAUUAAACUUGUUUUGUCCGUAACUGAAGGUAGCGAUAUUCAUAACUCGAUGAAAAGUAAAUUUAGCGAAAGUUGUUUCGUGAAAAUGGCGAUGUUGGGAGAAAAGGAAGCAAAGGACAUACUGAUGUCCAGCGUUAUGCAGUACAAUCAUAGCGUUGAUUCUAAAGUUCAAGACUGUGUAUUGAAAUCCGUUAACGAAUGUACGCAUCCACUCUAUGCAAAAGUCUUGGCGUGGCAAACAUCCUGGUGGGUUGACGACGAACACACUAUUGUGCCAAAAGGUGACGUUACAGCACAAUUGAGUCAGAUGCUUGAGGAACUCGAAAAUAUUUUGGGAUUAGAACAAGUUCAACAUGCUUUGGCAUUAAUGAUUUCUACGAAACAUGGAAUUACCGAUUCUGAAAUGAUAGAUCUUCUAGCGUUCGACGAAACCUUCCAUUCAGAUGCUACAUACGUUGUUUGGGCACCAGGCUGUCUGACUUGGUCACGUUUGAACAAACACUUGGCACCAUUCAUACAAUGGACAUUGACCAGUGGAAUGCUGGGCAUUGAGUUUAGGGACAGCACAUUUUGUGAAGCCGUUAAAUGUAGAUAUAAAGACAAUUCCCACUGGGCACAUAACAUGCUCUACGACUAUUACAACGGAAAAUGGUGGAGUUCUCAAGAAGAGAAGUUCAAAGCGAGACUAAUGUCCCAAGAUACUGUCCUUGGAAAAUGUUGUUAUAAUAAGAGGAAAACGAACGAAUUGCCAUAUCAGUUUUAUUGUUUAGACAAAAUGAGUUUUUGUAAAUCAACAUAUCUAACCGACUUGUCGUGGAUUUAUACGAAGAUUUGCGCUUCGGGACCCUGUCAAAUGUUAGAAGACUUGUUCAUUUGUGAAAAUGCUCAAGAUAAAUAUAUCGAAAUUCUGCGAGAGUUUUUAGAAGAAAACACGGUCUUCCUCAAAUACGACGGCCGACAGUUUUAUCCGCAACUGUAUUGCUUUCUGAAGAUGAAGAUUGCAAAAAAACAGCUACAAAUUUCAUCCGAAAUUAAGUUGUCUGAGAUAUUUGAAAGGACAAAAACUCCUCCUGUAUUAUCCUUAGUGCCUUUAGAUGUCGAUACAUCUGAAGAUGAGUUGAAUAUGGGUACGAUAAAUUUCAAUCUUAUUCUUAGAUUACCAGGCACAGAUAGUUUCAUUGUAAGCGUUUCCACUGAGAGAGAUGAAAUUUGUGUUUGGGAUGUUGUGAGAGGAAUAAAAGUACGAACUUUAUCAGGCAUUAACCAUCCGUCAAACUUAAUACCGAUAGACCAAUAUAAUUGCGUAGCGCUGUGCAAGCGAGAAUUGAAAAUAUACAAUUUAGAUACAGGAUCGUUUGUGAAGAAACUUAAAGGCGUUAUGAACCAAAAGAUGCCUUAUUAUGGGCUUCACGACCAAAGCCACUUAGUUGCGCUUAGUAGAAAUAGGAUGUAUGUUAAUCUUAUGAAUUUAGAGUCAGGAGACUGUGUUACAACAUUCAAGGCAGGUGAAGACCGAUUUCUUAAUUCCCUGCUGGUUUCGGGGGACGGGAGAAUCCUUGUAUGUGGUGACGAAACUCAAAAACCAUUUCCUUUACUCGUAUGGAAUUUAAAAUCAAAGAAACUAAUGUACGAUCUACGAAUUCCCCAUCAUGAUUUUAUAACAUCCUUAUCAGCUAUAACAUAUGAAGGGAACUACGUUUGUUGUGUUUGUCACGAAAUAGAUGAACCUAAUCCGAAUUUUAUAGUGGUGUAUGAUCUUCAAAGCGGCACCUUAUUUAAAAAAUGGAAACCCUCUUGUAGCACCGUAGCCUUAGAAAUAAGUUCUCCCGGAGGAUGUGUAAUAUCAGGAUUGGAAGAUGCCAGGAUUUUAGUAUGGGAUCUCAUUACUGGGAAUUGUAGAUGGUCGCUGUGUGGUCAUACUGCUCCUGUUAGUUCGUUACGGUUAGAUCCUACAGGAUUCUUUUGUCUAUCAUCCGAUGUGAAAUGCAGAGAUAGAUCAAUUCGGAUUUGGGACCUCAACAAAGGUGAUUUAGUGGCAGUUUAUACUCCUCAAAAUAGCAUAAACGCUUGUGAGAUAAUGUCUCGAGGAAGAAUCGUAGUAUUGGCAUUAGAAGGAUUUCCCACCUUACAAAUGUUACACUUGAGAGGACCAGGGGUACAACAUGCAGACGACAAUUACGUUUAUGGAAAUCCCGAAAAUAACUUUAAAGUUUUUAACGUCGACGAGUCUGAAAACUGCUGAUGUUAAAUGCAAAAUUUCUUUGUUUGUUUGUUUGGAUAUAGUACCUUCUAUAUCCAUCCAUCUGCAAUUGCUGUUUAUCCCGUAAAUCACUUUUGUAAUAACGCACAAGGAUAUAAGGGAUUUCCUUUAAUCUGUUAUUUUUUAAGACUGAUCAUGAUAAUUUCUCGUGUGCGCUCGUUAUUCGUAAAAUGUUAAUUCAUCAAUCCAUUAUUUCGAUUAUACAUUCCGUACAGUUAUUGUUAAUUAAUAAUUGUUAAAGAAGCACGUUAAAUUUCGACAUUUUUCUUGACAAUCACUGUUAGCUGUUUAAUGUGUUUAUGUGCAUACUUCCAUUCAGUGAUUCACAUCAAAUAAUAUCAAUAUCGACAUAUAUUUUAAAAUAUAUGUUUAGUCAUGCAGGCUUUUAACUUUGCCAAUUCCAUUCCAUGUAAAACCAAAGAAAGCCUCCCAAAUCAGAAACAUACUAUAGUCCUUAAUUUGAUGUGAAUCACCCUUACAUUUCCAAUGUAAAUAUCACAAAAAGUUUCGUGGUACACAAAAGUAGAAACUACUUUAAUAUGCACAAACUUUAAUUUUUGUGACAAUCCCUAUAAGUAAUUAAAAGACGAAUAAUUCACUUGGUAAAUAAUAAUGUGUUAAUAUGAUAAUUGCUUUUAAUUGACUCAUUGAUGUAGUUUGUAAGUGAAUUGGACCCUGUGUACGUCUAUUAAAAAAAUACUUGUUUUAAAUUAAUUUUAGAAGAAAAAAAAAACAUUAUUUGAGUUAUGAUUAACUCGUAAACAAUUUGAAUCGUUUGUUUUUGCAAAAUUUAUUUUUUAGUGAAUAAAAUAUCAAUUUGAAGAUAACAGAAAAGGAAGCAGUUACAUAUAAAGGACUACUUGCUAAUACUAAAGUUUUAACAUUGUUUUAUCCCUCAAAAAGGUUAGCUGUGUACUCCAGAUAUACUCCAAAAGUAUUUACAGUAGUAAUAAAUAUUUUAUGAAACAAAUAUUGAAGGAGAAAUUAACACCUUUAUUUUACUUGUAUGUUCUGACCCGUUUAAAAAGUGUCAUACGUAUGAUAUUAUUUAGGAAAAUAGGAAAUGUUACUUUGUUGUAAUGAACAAUAGAAUGUUUAAGAAAAAUGCAAUGAUGUUUUCAAGAAAAAAAAAACUAAAUGUACGACUUGUAUCUCUUUAAUGAAGGUAAACAGCAAAUGCAGGAAUUUCAAGUAUUAUGUUUCAUAAUUAGCUAUCUUUCUCAAUUUUAUCUUGUUGUUUAUAUUUUGUUAGAAAAACUCUGUUAGGAAUUUCCCAUCUGGCAUGUGGAAAAGUUAUAUUUAUGUAUAUGUUUUUCUUGUACAGAAUAAAAUAUCUUAUUAUGA